UGUCACCAUACGAUAGACCUCGAUAUCAAGUUGAAAUUCGUUGGUUUUUUUGGUGUUGGUUAAAAGAAGUUUGCAACGAACCGCAGAGAACGACUUGGAACACGUCGACGAUUCACAUUGUGCAACUUCUACCCGACCGGGUAAAAAUCAACCGUGAAAAUGAGGAACUGGGUUUUGUUGUUACCUGCAUCUUCUGGGCCUACGAUCCUCUCGUCAGCGAGACGCCACGUGGUAAAACUAUACGAUGAGGUGGACAGGAAUCCUCCCGAGGAAACACGUCAGUGGCACCAGCAGCAUCAUGAAAUGGAUGCCGAUGGGUCUUCAUCCACGACGGCAACGCAGUCCUGGGCCGUGCCUGUGAUGAUGUUUGGCGGUCGUUCUUCGUUUCUUAGCACAUCAAACCGUGAUCUCGCUGGAGUGCCGGAUGAAGAGGAAAUUUCGAUGCUGCACUCCUUGCAAAAAGAAUCCGAAGAGCACUUCCUGCAAAAAAAAGAGAAAAGAAGAAAACGGCGGGAGGAAAAAGCAGCUGCAAGAGCGGCGAGUGAGCAGCCGGCAGGAAAGGUGGAUCCUGUGGUCACUACAACGACAAAUUCUACGACUACGUCCGCGCUGACCUUAGCUGCCGCCGCAGCUAGCGCAGAAAGCAAAUUUGGUUCAGUGGGGGAGGGUGGAGAGAAUAAAACAACUGCGGAAGUAGUUCUUCCUGAUCAACAGCACCCCCAGCCGCAGUCCUUCACCGUCACUGUAACGACCACGACCGACGAGCUAACCGGAGGAAGAUCCGUAACUGUGGAUGCGGUGCCAGCUGAUUCGGAUUCCUCCUCCGGCGGAGCUUCCGACCACGAGCAGGAGGAGAAUGAGAAACAAGAACCGCAACCACCAGCAAGGACAACAACCACUUCGGGGACAGGGGCUGAUGGCAAUGACGACAUGACAACAGACGAGCUAGAGCAGCAUGGUAGCUUGAACAUCCUUCCGGUCGAGUCCAGCGCUUCUUCCUCGUCCAACGCUUUCGGAACAACGGCGUCAGCAGCUAAAAAAACGUCCUCCACCGCACCUCCUAGUGGCGCGACGGCGGCGCCAUUUGGUCUCGAUGAUGAAGGAAUUGGAGCAUCUACUUCAGGAUCCUCAACAACCGAAACCGUGUCGGCAAGAAGUUCGAACUACAACAACUAUCGCGAUAGGACGCCCGCAAAGCUUGGUGCGUUGUCAACCGCCGCUCUUGUGGACACAAUUUUGAAUGUAACCAGUACGACAACGCUGGCUCCCGAGCUGGCUGAAAACAUCAAGGCUACCAUAAUGCCAGAAGUGGACGCAGACGUGCUAGUGGGGAAUGCGGAAGAUGUUGCAAGUACCAAAGCAAAAGUGCCGGUAGUGGACGCGGAAAUGAACCAAGUAGAGCAGGAGCCGAUUCCCACGGUUGUCUUUGUAGAUGCUGUUGGUGACGCAACAGAAACGGAAACUGGAGCAAAAGUAGUAACGCCGGAGCAAGUGCCUGCUCUCGAAGAUCUCGAUGAGGAUCUAGAGCAGGAGGAGAUUGAAGCGCAGAAGGCCAUCGAUGAAAUUCGCAAACAACGGAAUGGUCGGCCGUACAUUCCUGGCGGCAUGCAUCCAAGUAUCAGAUCUACUUGCUUCGUGAUGCCUGCUGCUGCUGGUCAAGGGGCUAUAAGUGUCUGUCAAGAAUGGUAUCAGUUCCAAACAGUUGAAGUGAGAAAGAGACACUGAGACAUAUUCUAAUAUGGAGUUGAAUUUCAUAAUCAUAAACAAAAAAACAGGCACGGCUUCAUCGUCAUCAAGAACAUCGUCGUCCAGCGACACUUCGUCCGAUCUGCAGGCUUCCCUGACGGUCCCCGAUCGCUACAUGUGUCGCCCGAAAUUUGAGCUACCGAAGUUCUCCACGCUGCCGAAACCCGAAAGAUUGCUCCGCCAGCGGUGGCUUUCGCUGAACCACUUUUGUCAGAAUCUGCAGUUGGCACCAAAUGCGGACAUCCACUACCGUGUGUGCUUUGGCGAGGGCUUCACCGCGACAGACAUGCGUUCGCAGGAGAGCAUCCAUUUCGGUGCGUUUCGCGACGACCUCGAUGCCGAACUGCCAGUGAAAUCAAAAUCUGCGUCACAGCGCGGCGCAUCAGGUAUGAUCAGUUCGUACCAACGUUUGAAACUCGUCGUAGAAAACAAGGAAAAGAGCAAGAAGGAAAGCAGCAGCAGUUCGGGGACUGAGAACAGCGCGAAUGACAGUACCGCGGAACAAGAAGCGCCGAAUAGUCCGCAAGGGCUUACCUACGAAAAUCCCGGGGAAUACUACUAUUCGCAGCUGUUCUACACGCAUCGAAAAAAUGCGCACCCGCGAUCCGAACCAGACCGCGUCGGCGCGGAGGUGCAGUGCUUCUGCGGCUCGGGAAGCGCCCAAUUCUACUACUUGGACCUCAUUGCGGAUCAGGAUCAGGUCCUUGCGAAGACGACUGAUACAACCGCUUCUGUGGUCGUCGAUGAAACGAAAAAUGAUGAAAGUACAUCAUCCACGACCAAUGCACAAAGUAGUACCAGCGGUCUGAACAUCACGGAAAUCGAAGCUAUCGCCGACAUUGCGGACGAGGACGACAUUGGCAGCUUGAAGCGAGAGCAGCACCGCUACCGGGUCGUGGCAAAGCUGACCCACCCGGUCUGCUGCAAGCACAUCCACGCGGGGCAGUUACUCUCCGGGAUCGACACGCCCAUCAAAGCCACGGUGGAGAAUGCGGCGGACGCGUUCGAGCGGAAAAUCAUCGCGGCAAGUUUUUUCACGCGCCUGAAACUGGUUUUCGACAACCGCUUGUACGUGGUGCCUUACAACAAGGAGUCCGGGACCAUCAUCGAGUCUCUUCCCAGGCAUUUGUUACUCCGCCGCUCCUCCUCCCGCAUCGGAAACCCGCCGUCUGGUGGUGGCGGCUCCGCGGGCGGUGGAAAGCAUUCCUACGGGGAGGUCUUUGGCGGUGUGAACAUGGUGGCAGCUAACUUAGGCAGGAGUCGACACACGAUCAACCGACACCCGGCCUUGCGGUACGAAAUCACCGAUUGCCCCGGGUCCGCAAUCUACUUCGUCUGCCCGUUGUUUCCCGAGAGAGUUACGGAAGAAACCGGAUCGCACACGCACAUUGCGUUCAUCACGGACGGAUUUGAGCUGUCCGAGGAAUUUCUGGGCGAUUUCCCCGGGCAAGUGAUCUUCGCCCCGGAUUGGGUCGAGGAUGAGGAGGAGGACAAGAACACAUCCGAGGAGCAUCCAUUUUUUAAAAUCACCGACAUAGCCGGAUUAAACCUUCAUCAAGAUGUUCCUGCUGGCUCUCCUUCUACAAUCGCCUCCUACGACAAUGACGCAAGUCUUCUUGUUUCCGAAGAAGACGCCACGUCUGCAGCAGUGAUGUCGGGUGACGAGGAGAGCAAUGGUAAUGGAAUGGCGAUGAUGAGCAAAAAUGGAACAGAAAUUGAAAAUAUUGACGCAAAGAACUCCACUGCAGAAGUAAAAACGUCAAAUACUAAUACAACGAGCAACAAAACCGAGGACGAGCUUCUGGAGGAUGAGUACGAGAGACGAUUAAAAGAACUCGACGCCGCGUUGGACUUCACAGAGGAAGAAAGACAGGAGUCUAGCGGCACGGGCGAAGAAGAUGAAAAUUCAUCUUCCGGCACAACAUCGGCUUCAUCUCCAAAAACUGCGUUUUCCAAGACCAGAAAAAUGCGAAAGUGCCCACUCCCGGCGCACCGGGUGGAGCUCGUCAUUACCAGCACACUUCUCUGUCCCCACCCCCAGUUGCGCCCCGAACCGGCGCCAACAGUGGACAUCGAGUGCAACUCAUUUCCACGGUGACGAGAAUGACAGCAGGAUGUUUCGUCGGGCAGGGGCGAAAAGGAAAACCAAAAGCUCAAAGUUUUCACGAGGAAGAAUUAAGAUUUUUUACUUAACUUAGAAAAGGUAUAGCUUGCAUUUUCUCGAGAAAUAAUUAGAAAUUUGAAUCGAUAUGCUGUAACUAUGUAACUUACGACUCACCUACCUAUGUACAGGAAAAUAUGUUGAAUUUGAAACAAUUGGAUACCAAAAUUAAUUUGAGUAAAAGCGUAAUUCCACUUAAGUCCCAGUCAACUCGCAUCGUUGUGCUGCGUCAUCUUCGAAAAACGUAUACGUGAUGUUAGCAACUCUAUCAUUUGUAUCUUUGAGGCUCGAAAAAUUGUUCAAAAUACUUGUACAAGAAACUCGUUGCUGUACCUGUACGCCAAAUAAACUGAAAUUAAUCAGCGAGCGCGACCUACGCGGAUCUACUACUUCUAAAGCUUUGCAUUGCCCUACACAGUCCGUCUGCAAAUCGUUUGCGAAGCACUUCUAGUAUCAACUUAUUUCUCUACUCUGUCGGACACCUAACGAUCGAUACCAAUUGUUUUGGCAAACAUGUACAACACUUACCUGGCACGCGGCGGAGACUUACGAAUGUAAUAAUUGAAAAAUUGAUUGACAAAAGCAGCUCCACCUCUAACUCUAGUUCCUUCUGCUUACCACAAUGUAUUGCAGCUAUGGUCGCCAGCUUAUUGACAUUCACGCAAAGAUGUAAAAAAAGAAGUACGGCAUUUCCAUUUCCGAUUGUGUGUGGGGAGGCCAGAAGAUGUUGUUGAGAUCGCGAAUGAUAUGUUGAAUCACUGACGCCUCGGAGAGUUUGUCG